AUGAAUCUGCAGACUUUAUUACCACUACCUCAAGGUAUUCCCAAUGGUCCUCAGCAUGGUAUGAUGAACCCACAAGGGCUUCCAAGUGGUCCGGGUGGUGCAGCUGGUCCCGGAGGGGAAAUGCCGCCAAACACACAGCCAACAAUGCCAAUGUCGACGUUCAAUCAAGGCCAACCAAUGGCGCAAGGUUAUCGCGGACCUGUGAUGCCCGGCCAAGGACCUGCAAUAAAUAGGCCUCCAACCGCACCAGGUCCGCGGCAGUAUAGAGGUCCACAGGGCUAUCCCCAGCAACCUUCUCAGCAAGGUUAUCCUGCUCAAUACGCUGGUCAGAGCCCUGGCUCGAACUAUCAAGGUCCACAAGGAUCUGCAUACACUCCCGGUCAACCGAAUCAGUACGGACCGCCGAACGCUUCUCAGCAGCAAGGAUACACCGCAGCGACACAGCCAAAUUAUGGUCGUCCGACUACGGUGAACAGUUAUGGUCCACAACCAGGUGGUUAUCCGCCACCGGGCACGGCUCAGCCGCCUUCCGGAUACGGACCGCCGCCGCCAAAUCAGCAAGGCUAUCCGCCAUCAAACGCUUCGCAGCAGAACUUCUCAUCAGCUCCGCAGACGCAACAGCAACCGUCUCAGAGUCCAGCUCCGAGUGGAUUCCAGCCGCCGUCAGGUCCGCCGCAAGGUCCCGCUCCACCGCCAGGCCCUCAGCAACAACCUGCCUACGGACCCACUACGACGCAAACAUACGUGCCACCGACUCCAGGAGGACAACCACAGAUUUACAGUCCUCAUCCACCGCAAGGGGGACAACACUAUGGACAUCCUCAGUAUCCUCCUCAAAGUUACCCUCCACCGCCGGCAGGGCAAGGAUAUCCACAGUACCCGCCACGACCACCUGGUGGACACAUGCCUCCUCCACCUGGACCACAAGGCCCACCUCCGCCUAAUCAAUAUGGAGGUUACGGUUAUCAGCCACCCACACAAUAAAAAUACAUGAAUAACUCCCAAAUUUACAUAAAGUUUAGAUUAAUAUAAAUAUCGAGAAUUUUUGUUUGUUUUCAAUCGCUUUACUAUGUGAGUACGUUCAUAUACUUUCAUAAUGUACAUU